CUCUUUCUGCUGCGAGACACUCCAUUUUUGUUCGUGUCGUGGUUGUGGAAUUUUUAGAAUGUGAAAACUGGAAAGUGAAAAGGAAAAAUAUGCAGAAGCUGAAGCAGUUCAUAUCAGGUGAUGAUGGAGAAGAGGGACUACUGGAUGAUGAAGAAUCAGAUAGCUAUUGUUCUCUUUCUCCUACUCAGAGAAUGUACGCGUUUGCUGCGUGUUUGGUUGCUGGUCUAGCUUCUAUGUUUCUGUCAGUAAUUGUCCUUCUGAGGCCCAUCAAAUUUGCAGUAUUAUUCACCUUUGGUAAUCUGUUGGCAGUCGGAAGCACAGCCUUCCUCAUUGGACCUGCGCAGCAACUAAGAAUGAUGUUUGACUCUGCCCGCAUUUAUGCAACAGCUGUCUACAUUGGAUUUGUUGUUAUGGCCCUUAUUUGCGCUCUCUGGAUCCAUAGCACAAUUUUAACAGUAAUUGCAAUCAUUUGCGAAUUUUGUGCCCUUAUUUGGUACAGUUUGAGUUAUAUUCCUUUUGCUCGGACGAUGGUGUCUAAUCUGAUGGUCCGGUGCUGUGACACUGAGCUCUAAGUAAUACAAAAGUUGAGGAGAUUGAUCACCUUGGAAACUCAUUGGUUUCCCGGCUUUGUAUUAAAGGUUUCUUUUUUCUUUUUUUUUGGGUUAAUAUACUUGAGUACAGCUUUGGAGCAUCUCGGUUGUUGACAUGUAACGGAGAUGUAUAGUUCAGGAUUCCUUCUCCCUCAACUUCUGGGUGAAGAAGCCCAUAAUGCUGAGGCCCGGAUAACAGAAGUCCGGUGCAAAAUUGCUUGAUUCUUGUUCAAAGAUAUUUGUUGCUUGUAAAGUGGUGCGUGCACAGUACACGCAAAACGACGAUUUCUCUCUUGAUCGUUUCCAUUUAAA